GAGAAGGGUCGGCCGUGCGGGAGCGUGCGUGGCGGCGGCGGCGGCGGGGGGUCCCGGCCCGGCUCCCCCGCUAUGGCCACGUCCCCGUGCAGCAGCAGCGGCGUCUCCUCGUCGUCCUCGUCGGGACUGGGCGCGGACGCGGGGCUGGAGAUCCGCACGCGCUCCGUGGAGCAGACGCUGGUGCCGCUGGUGUCGCAGAUAACUACUCUUAUUAAUCAUAAGGAUAAACCAAAGCGUUCAGACAAGACUCUGCAAGCAAUUCAGCGAGUGGGCCAAGCAGUUAACCUGGCAGUUGGAAGAUUUGUUACAGUGGGUGAAGCCAUAGCCAACGAAAACCAUGAAUUGAAAGAGGAAAUGAGUGUUGCUUGCAUUGAGGCAAGGAGAGCAGGUGAAACAAUUGCACAGCUUACAGAUGUGGCAAGCUUGGAUCAUCCAGAAUCUGAUAGCCACAUAACAAUCUUUACAGACAAAACGGGUGUGGUAAAAGCUGCAAGAUUGUUGCUUUCUUCUGUCACAAAGGUGCUGGUGUUAGCAGACAGAAUUGUUAUAAAGCAAAUUAUAACUUCCAGAAACAAGGUUCUUGCAACAAUGGAACAACUAGAAAAAGUUAGUAGUUUCCAGGAGUUUGUACAAAUAUUCAGCCAGUUUGGAAAUGAAAUGGUAGAGUUUGCCCAUUUAACUGGAGAUCGUCAAAAUGAUUUGAAGGAUGAGAAGAAAAAGGCUAGAAUGGCAGCAUCUAGGGCUGUUCUUGAGAAGUGCACCAUGAUGCUCCUGACUGCUUCAAAGACUUGUCUGCGGCAUCCAGACUGUGAAUCUGCUCGUAUUAACAAAGAUGGAGUUUUUCAUCGGAUGAGACUAGCUUUGGAACAGGUAAUAGAAAUUGUAACUGACUCUCGACCAAAUGGAGAAAAUGAAAUGGCCCCCAUCAGCAUAUAUUCUGGCAUCAAAGAAUUCAAGAAUAAGGUGGAGGGUCUUCGUGAGAAUCUUUAUUUUCUCUCAAAAGAGAACCUUUCGACAAUGCUGGAAGUUAUCUUGGAACAUACAGAAGACUUCACAGACUCUGCCUAUACCAGUCAUGAGCACAGAGAACACAUUUUGGAGCUGUCUAAACAGGCUAAAAUGGAACUAGAGCAGCUGGUUUCAGUGUGGAUGCAAGCUCAAAACCAGAAGACAAAGGAUCUCAUGGAAGACUUGGAAGUAGCCAUUCUAAAAACAUGCCAGUGCAUGAAUGAACUUAAAAGAGAGGUCCACAGUGCCGCAACAUCUUUGGCAGCAGAUCUUCUAAAAUACCAUACAGAUCAUAUGGUUCUCAAAGCAUUAAAAAUCACAGGAGUAGAAGGAAAUCUUGAAGCUGUAGCAGAAUAUACUUGCAAGCUAUCAGAGCAGAAAGAACAACUUGUUGAGAUGUGUCGCUUAUUGAGGCAUGUUUCUGGAACUGAGCCCCUUGAGAUUACUUGCAUACAUGCAGAAGACACCUUUCAGGUCACUGGCCCACAGAUAAUUUCUGCUGCAGAAACACUGGCAUUACACCCAUCUAGCAAGAUUGCAAAAGAAAACCUUGAGGUGUUCUGCGAGGCAUGGGAGUCUCAACUGAGUGACAUGUCUUUAUUGUUGAGAGAAAUCAAUGAUGUAUUUGAAGGAAGACGAGGAGAGAAGCGUGUCUACCUGUCACUGCCCAGACCAGGGAAGCAUAAUGCAAAUCUGAAAGCAUUAAAGCCAGUCAAACUAGAUACUGAGGAACAGGCAAAAAUUGCAAAACUUGGAUUAGAAUUGCAUCUGCUCACAUCUGAUGUGGAUUCUGAGACAGAGAAAUGGGAAGAUCAGGAGAAUGAGAUUGUGCAACAUGGACAAGGCAUGUCAAGUAUGGCCUACUCCAUGUAUUUAUUUACCAGAGGAGAAGGUCUUCUGAAAACUACUCAAGAUUUAUUUCAUCAAGCAGAGAUUUUUGCCACAGAGGGCACAAAGCUUGCUUCAGCUCUUCAUGGUUUUUCUGAUCAGGUACACGAGGAUGACAAGCCUUUGCUUCUGUUGGAGGCUGAAAAACUCAUCUCUGUGUGCAGGCAGCUCCAGAUAACAGCAAAAGCUUCUGCUCAGGGAAAAAGUGCUACGUUUACAAAGGUUGAUGCAUGCAUUCUGAAAACAAGGAAUGUGAUGACUCUAUUAUGCCAACUUCUUCCACUUUGCUUCAAAUUACUGAGAAAGAAUAAAGCAGGAAAUGGUUGCCUUAAACCUGCUCCACCAUGGAAAGAAGACAGAAUACGAACUGGUACAAAUGCACAUACUCCAGAAAGGAGAGCAGAGACAUUUGGCAUUAAGUCUUUAGAAAAUCAUGUAACAAACAUGACGUUUUUAGAGAGCAAGUAAUUAUAGCACUGAGAAAUGCAGGAACUCCCAUUUGAAAAUAACACUUCCUGAAUUUUCAAUAUUGCUUUCAUUUGUGGAAAGUCAAGCCAGGUUAAUUUGAAAUGAAACUGUUGGCCUUUGUCACAUCUAAUAGAUGUCCCAUUACUUAGCCAUUACAACACCAACUAGUUAAAUCUUCUGUAUUUUUAUAAUGUGAAUGCCUUUCCUAUGCUCACUGAUACCGAUUUUGUAAUUAAUGCUUAUGAAUGUCUUACUGGAUGUUUCAGCCCAAAGAUGCUGCUAAUAGACAUUUUAUGUAAA